CUUGAUAUUUAUCAUAACUGAAGUGUUAUUUAUUCCGUCCGUUGCGUCUCCAAUGUACUUUGUGUACGUUCAUUUCCACAUGGAAGUAAAACUGAUGAUGCUAACUUACUACGUUACCACAAUAGACACAAUGAAUUCUGCAGAGAUUGCCACUCAAAGUACAAAUCACGAAUAUUAUAGAAAUAUGAUGACGAAGUUAGCCAUAAUAGUAGAAAAGCAUUCCGUUAUUAAAAGAUACAACAAUGCAUUUGCUAAACAAUUGCAGCUGCUAUAUAUGUUGUAUAUUUGUUCUGGAGUUAUUUUUGGUUUGUCAGCUGUUUGUACUCUAGUUUCGCGACCAUUCAAACUGAUUAAAAGUUUGUCCACGUGGAUUGCAUAUGUUGUAUUUUCAAUGUCCCUCACUCAUGUUAGUCAGUGCUUUGAAGACGCUAGUGCCAACCUGUCUGACGCAGUUCUGAAUUUAAAGUGGUAUAAUUGGAACAAACCAUGUCAACUGUCUUAUUUGAUAUUAAUUACGAAUUGUCUGAAAGGAAUGCCUGUAUCUGUAUUACUGCUAUUUGAUGCAAACUAUAGUUUCUAUAAAAAGGUUACCAGGUUCUUAUACACAAUGGGAGGAUUUCUGUACUCCAUCAGAAAAUGAUUCUGAUGUUGUUGCAUCCUCGAGACAAAAUUAGAAGAAGAAAAAUAAUGAGAGUAGUUCACUAUCAAGAGCUAAAAAUUUUUUAGAGCUAAGUUUUAGUAGUGGAAUGAAAUCGCCGUAUUUUUCAUAAAAGAAAAUAAAACGCAGUUUACUUCA